AUGAGUAAAAAGAAUACUAAGCGUAAAUAAAACAACAAGAUAGAGAAGGAUGACGAUUAUAGUGACAUCUUUGAGGAAAUCUAACCAAUUAUUAAAAAAAAAUCAAAAGAGCAACAAUAAACAAACUAAAUACCCUUUGAGUCCAUUCGCAAUCAAGAAUAAGCCAAUCUCAUUCGAUGUCCAAUUGAAUCAAUCAAUAUUGAAUAGGUUGAUAAAUCCCACUAAUAAUUUAGAUUCUAUAAGACAUUUUGUAUGAGUCUUCCAAAGAGUCCUAAUACUCUAAAACUCUUAAGUAAAUCCUUUUAAUGGGAUAAAGAGAAUUGAAAGACAAAUAAAAAUAUUACUAAUUUAAAUGGUAAUCAUUAGGACAUUCUAACAUCAGUCGUUAGGAAUAUCAAAGAUAAGAAUAAAUGCUAAAAGAAUAAUAAUCUAAAGAAAUUGCUGAAAUUCAAAAUAAUGUUAUAGCUGAAUUAGGAAGAAAGCGUGUAAAAGGAUUUUAAUAAAGAGAAGAUAUCUUAGAUGAAUUUAGAAUUAAUUUUAUGAAGAAAAGACAUCUUACACCAGAUGGACCUGUCAUGGAGGAAUUCUAAUUUUAUGUUGAUCCUGAAGAGGCUAAUCGUUUAAAAAGAGAUUAAAUAUAAUUGUUGGAAAAAUUAAUGGAAGAAUCACAUUUGAUUCCAGAAAAUCAUCCUCCUGAAUUAAAGAGAUACUUUAGUUAACCAGAAAAUAUAGGACAUCAAACACGUUAUCUAUAAAGAACUUAAAGUAAUUAUAUAUAAAGGUAUUAUUUUACAUAUUAUAUUAGUAAUAAUGAUCAACAUUAGAGUGAUGUUCAAAGAUUAUAAAUAUUUCCAAAAUUGUAGAUUGAUAAAAUUAUUAAGGAAAAAAUGGAAAAUAUGACACCAAAGAAAAUUGAAGUAAGUGUUUCUAAAAUAACCCAAGCUUGAAGGAACUGCUAAAACUUGAUGAGUAAGAUAUUCAAGUCAUUCCCAGAAAUGUUA